CGCGUCGACGGAAGCUGUCGCACCAUAUUUGGAAUGUGAACAGCCAUUGACGGGAGGCGCGAGGACUGACGGUUGCGGGUGGGGGUUCCAUAUACACACACGCAGGCGCUCGCGCUUACGCAGUGAAACUCACAGCACGCGCACAAGCAGAGGAGGAAGAGAAGUUCUGAGCGAAGAAAAAGUGAAGAGAUUUGAGCCGAAGAGGUGAAAUUCUGCCGAUAAAGCGGUCGGUGCUAAAUCAUCCUGAUCGACCAAUCACCUGCCUCCUCUGUGACAUCACCAGCUCAGCUCCUGAUAGACCGAUACUGGAUUAUUGAUUACGCCUGAGCCACAGCAAAGCAGACGACACCUGAUAAAGGAAUAUUUGUGAAGUUUCAGCACAUUAAAGUUUGUUUAUAUUGUGACUGUGGUCAAAUUCUUCCUUAUUGAUCAGACAAUCAAUCAAUAAGUCCUCCUAAAGAGGAGAAAAGGUCAUCAAUGGCAGCUUCAGAGCUGAUCCAGGACAGCGGUGAUAUCCGCCCUCAUGUGGAAGCUGACGUGACCACAACAAACCCCACUUUGCCUCCUCAUCCUCCCAUGGUUGCCAACGGUAACCCGGCUCGCCACGCCACCUCGCCGCCGCUCCCCGGCGACGCCCACGACGGCAAAAACAAGCACGAACGCAGCAAACUGAGCAGUCUGCUGCAGAACCAGCUGAUCCACUCGCUGAGCAGCGGCCUGAGGCGACACUGCGACUACGUGAAGAUCUCCGUGCCGGAGGAGCGCGCCAACCGCCUCCCCAAAGAGUGGUGGAAGACGGGCGUGGCCUUCCUCUACGCCCUCUUCAACCUCUUCUUCACCACCGUCGUCAUCACCAUCGUCCACGAGAGGGUGCCGGACAAGUCGGUGAGCCCGCCGCUGCCCGACAAGUUCUUCGAUUACGUGGACCGAGUCCCCUGGGCCUUCACCGUCACCGAGGUCAACGGGCUGAUCCUGGUCGGACUUUGGUUCGUCCAAUGGAUCUUCCUCAAACACAAAGCUAUCGUGGGUCGUCGCUGUUUCUUCCUGAUCGGGACUCUCUACAUGUAUCGCUGUGUCACCAUGUACAUCACAACGCUGCCGGUGCCUGGAAAACACAUGGUCUGCGCUCCCAAGCUUUACAACAACUCGACCGGGAAGAUCUGGAGGAUUCUGAGGCUGAUAUCAGGAGGAGGUUUGUCUCUGACUGGUUCCCACUUGAUGUGCGGUGACUUCCUGUACAGCGGUCACACCGUCAUGUUGACUCUGUCCUACCUCUUCAUCAAAGAGUACUCUCCGCGCUGGAUGUGGUGGUAUCACUGGUUCUGCUGGUUGCUGAGCGCCUCGGGAGUCGUGUGCAUCCUGAUCGGCCACGAGCACUACAGCAUCGACGUGGUGAUCGGAUACUUCGUCACCACCAGGACUUUCUGGUGGUACCACACCAUGGCCAACACACAUACGCUGCGUCACGCGCCCAGCAACUACCUGUCGAGGACGUGGUGGAACGUGGCCUUCAAUUUCUUGGAAAGGAACGUUCAGACGACGGUUCCCAUCGUGUUCUCGUGGCCGGUGGCGUUGCCUUCCUCCUGCAGGCAGCGGUACAGGAUGGUGGAGGGCGGGAGAGACGAGUGACCGGAGAGGAGAGGAGAUAACUAACCUGCCCUGAGCUGAAUCAGCCUCCAUCCUGAACCACGUGAGUGGACAGAGAAGAGGGCGACGGAGGACUUUAACAUCAGUUUAUUUAUUAAAACCGGCAUUUACACCUCACUGAGGAAGAGGAGAAACUGAAAGGAGGAAGAGGAGGUGUUAUUAAGUUUACAUUAUUAUGACCACCUGGUAUUUAUUUAUCAGCAUGUUUUAUCACCAAAAUGAUGAUAAUAAUACAGUCAGAGGAGGCAGAACAAGGUUUUGACUCCUCUAAGAGGUAAAUUAAAAGCCUCAAUCUGCUUUCAGAAAACAUCAAAAUCUACUUGAUUUUCUUGGACGAUACAAACACAAAUAUUAUUACUGUUAACAUUGACUGUUGUGCAUCAGAAGGACACACAGCAACACAACACAACCUUUUAAAAUACAAGAGAUUAUGAAAGGAACCACAAAUUAAACUUGUGUAAAACACUAUAAGGUUAAACUCAUAACCUGAUAACGGCUUGCGAAUCACUGGAGGUUUACUCACAAUACUUCUUUUGUGUCUUUUGUGUGAUGAUAAACAUCCGUCUUUGUCAAAUUGAAGGUUUAAAUUAGUUACAGAUGUCAUAAAAGUUUGCAAAAGUGCCAGUAAACCAAUUUCAUGGUGCAUGAAUCCAGAUUACUGUCCUGCAAGUUAUGAAAGUUUGAGAGUCCAACAUCUCGAACCUUUGACCUGCUGCAGCUUCUCAGAUGGACGUAAGUUUUAUGGUCUUCAGCCAACAGGAUGCUGCUCAAACACCAACAGAUCAACCAACUGAACUGGUGAAAAGCAUCUUUCACACACAAGGCCAAUGAAAUUCCUCUUAUCAACAACAACAAACUUUAUCUGAUUUAACAGAACAGGAAUUAGUCAAGGUUACUUAGUGCUCACUAAGGUAACAAUACGUCAUUUUGACGUUUUGAUUUUUCAGAAUUAUUAACAGGUUUUCCUACUAAAUCAUUUUAAUCAUUUAACAGUUGUACAAACUAAAUAUGAUUAUAUUUACAGGACAGAUGGUGGGAUAAAGAUCGCUGAAAAGGAGCAGUCUUUCCAGGAUUUCUUUUCUUUUGGUAGAAAGUCGGUCUAGCUUUAGCAACAGCUGUGUAGCCAAGAUGGCUGCCACAAAAAACAAUUUGUGGCUUUGAUUCCUGCAGUCAGAACUUGACACGUCUGGAUUUGUUAACAAUGAAAAUGUCAUUAAAACCAAAGUUGAUUUGUUGCCAACAACUUUCAUUUGAAGAUUUAGACUUUUACUCAGACUUGCUGUGGAGAGAAGAUUUUGGGGGUUAGCCGCCCGCUAGCUCAUUGACCUAAACGAUUGUUUUGAUAAUGCCAACGGUAAAUUUGACACCUACCAGCAAAGAGAAAAGUUUAAAUAUUAUUAUUGCUGAUUAUUAUCGUUUUGUCAUAAUUGCCAGAAAUAAGCACCAAAGCUAAACUGCUAGCUACAGCAGCAGUUCACAAUGCUAACAGCACAAGGCUCAAAAGCACAAAGCUUUGGUCGUUGUCACUGAGUUGUGUGCCGUUAGCCACAUGCUAGCUCAUAAUAGCGUAGAACUAUUUUGAUGUUUGUCAUCCAUUAAAGCUAAAUGUAUCACCUCCCAACCAAGAAAUCUGAGACUAAAUGUUUAAACAUUGAGAUGAUUUACUGUUUGUUCUGAAAGCUAGCCAUGUUUUUUUGGACCGAAGCUGAACUGCUAAUGACUUAACAUUCAUGGUGCUAAUAGCAGUUGGGUCUUCAUUAAUGUGGGAGUGGAAGCUUGUGUCAUUUAAUUAGGUUAAAUUAGCCACAUGCUAGCUCAUUAUUCAUAACAAUUGUUUUGAUGAUGCCAACUAAAUAAAUAAAGGUUUAAAAUACAUGAGAGGUAAAUGAACAACCGUCCAACAAAGAAAACUGAGACUAAAUAUUUAAACACUGAGAUUUUUUCUCAGUUUGUUUCAUAAACUAGUCAGAGAUUCAAGACCAAAUCUACUGAUUGCUAAAUUGCUGGCGAUCUUAACAUUACCAGCGCUAACUUGAGCUUGAUUGUCAUCAGUGUGAGAGUUCUUGAGCAUCGUUGUAUAUAUCUGUCUAUACUUGAUUAUUGUUAAGUUAUAUUUUCAUGUCAAAAUGAGUAAGUGAGACACUGAGCUCACGGUGGUUGUUUUCGUUUUUUUUUACUGUCUUAUUUUUUUUUUUUUCUUUAUUAUAAAAGGAAUCAAUGAAAUAACAGUCUUUAAACUUUGGAUUUCACUAAGAGUCCCUGAAAACUGCUGCUGAUUUAAAGUCGGACUGAUGAAGGCUGCCGUUCCAUAAAGCUACAGUUACUUGUAUAAAAGUGUUACCCAAUGCUUUCUACAACAGUUUGUUUUUCUCAGAGUCCCAGUAUGUCUUUAUUCAUUAUGUUUGCUGACUUGAACACAUUGUCACAAUCUGUUUCCUUUGAUAAUAAAUAAAUUAUUUUCAAGAA